GUAGCGGCGGCGGCGGGGCGGCGAGUCACGGCCAUAUAAGCUGUAGGCGGUGUGAGGCAGAGCCAGAGACCAGCUGAGGCUCGCCAAGGAAACAACUUCAAGAUGGUGUCGCACGGCGUGAGCAUGGCGGUGGCGGCGUUGUUGGUGCUGGUGGCGGCUGUUGCAGGCGAGCCCGGCUUCCUGAAGGGUCGCCAACGCUGCCAAACACACUACAAGCAGGUGCCGCACUACGAGACGGUGAUCAAGAAGAUCCCUAUCUACCAGACGCUCUACAACGAGCAGUACGUCCCUGCGCCGAUCUACCACACGGAGUACAUCACCAAGUACCAGAAUGAUUACGCAACAGAGUACGUGCCCGAGUACGUCUACACCACUCUGUACACCAAGGAGUACGCUUACGUCACCAAGACCGACAUUAAAUACAAUACUCAGUACAAGACCGAGUACGUGCCCCAGUACGUGACGGUGACCAAGACCCAGGAGUCCUACAUAACGGAAUGCCCCAAGUCCCCGUACACUCCCUACUGAGGACGGCACGGAGGAGCGGGGCGAAGCGGGGCGGGGCAUGCCACUUGAAGGCUCCUCGUUCUCAGGGUUGUGCUGCUCGGUGGCUACAACACUUCCUUUCCUGGCCAGUUAUUGUUUUGUCUGUUUAAUGGUUAACUAAUAAACAUAAAACAAAAAUGUGCCUGUGUACGAA